AUGAUAGAGUGGAGUACACGCGGUGGAGGAUCGCCCAGAGCCUGCAUCUGUCCAGCGACAAGCCCCGGCACAGAUCUCGAAGAGAUUUGGCACGACGCGGAUGCCGAUGGCUCUAUGAUCGUCACCAUCGGUGGGGCCACUGGCAGCCCAUACGAUCUAGGGCACCAAGCUCUUCCUUUGAUCGUGGAGAGUAUGCAGCAGCUCAAGCUCGUGGGGUUGUCUGCAACAAGAAGCCCCGUUGCUCGGCUGGCCGACGAGCGUCAAGUUGACUCGCCGGGGGUGCCUGGCGAGCGAAGAAUGGUGCGAGCCAAGUGUUCGAGCAUCCGUGGUAUCGAGCGGCCUCGCUGGUGUCGGGGGGGGGAAGACGGCGGCCUGGCGGGCUGGGGAGACCGGCGGGCGGACACGGCGGAGCCCGGGCAAACCCGGGACAAGCAGGGCUGGGUGUCAUCAUCGGGCCGACUGCCCAGCGCCCAUUGGUCCAAACGGGUGCCUGGGGUCACCGACGGUGUUCGCCGCGCCGAUGCGGAGUUGACAGCGGCCAAUGGCAGGCAAGGGAGCCCAAUCGCGGCCUGUCCAUGGCAGUCCGGCAAAACUGCCCUGGCGCGCCAGAUCAGUGCCGCUGCCGCUGCACACGCCUUCCAAAAAUGA